AUCGUGCACUGAUUCUGUCGCGGGUAGAAAUUGACACAGGUGAUACAAUCGUGCAUACACCAUGACGAAACAGGCGCAGAACGGCACUGUGGUGGAGAUGACCGAGGGUGUCACCAACGAGGGGUUCCAGGAGGAUGAGGAGCAGGAGACUGAGAAUGUCGGACGGCAGGAGGAGCAAGGUGUUCCGUCUCUGGUCCUGUCCCCGAACGGCGAAGAAAGCGCGUACACUCAAAUCAAACCGUACGCCGGGAUGCCAAAAGAGGUUCUGCUGCUGUAUUCGAACCAGGCGCGCUACCGCCUUCCCCGGGAGAUCUUGUUCUGGCUAUUCAUAUUGUCCACCCUUGCCCUGGUGGCUCUGACCAUCACGGUGAUAGCCAUGUCUCCGCGAUGUCUCCACUGGUGGCAAGCCUCCGCAGUCUACCAGAUAUACCCACGCUCCUUCAAGGACUCGGACAACAACGGUGUCGGAGACCUCAAAGGUAUCAGGGAAAAACUCGAUCACUUCGAGUACCUCAACAUCAAAGCCAUCUGGAUCAGCCCCUUCUACAAGUCACCCAUGAAGGAUUUCGGGUAUGAUGUGGAGGACUUCCGGGACAUCGACCCCCUCUUUGGAACCAUGCAGGACUUUGACGACCUUCUCUCCAGCAUGCAUGACAAAGGACUGAAGCUGAUUAUGGACUACAUCCCCAAUCACACCAGUGACACGCACCGCUGGUUCCAGCUCAGUCGUAACCGUACAAGUGGCUACGAGGACUUCUACAUCUGGACAGACUGCCCAGGUGCCAUUCCUCCAAAUAACUGGGUGAGCAUAUUUGGGAACUCCUCCUGGACCUACGACGAGGUGCGGGGACAGUGCUACCUGCACCAGUUCCUCAAGGAGCAGCCCGACCUCAACUUCCGCAACCCCAGCGUCAGGAAGGAGAUGACCGACGUCAUACGGUUCUGGCUGGACAAGGGCGUGGAUGGCUUCCGCAUGGAUGCCGUGAAGCACAUGCUGGAAGCGAAGCACCUGAGAGACGAGCCCCAGGUGGACCCCAACCAGCCCCCGGAGACCGUGGACUCGGAGUUCGAGCUCCACCACGACUACACCACCUCGCAGCUGGGUCUGCACGACAUCCUGCGUGACUGGAGGGUGGAGAUGGACGAAUACAGCAGGGAGCCCGGGCGCUACAGGUUCAUGGUGACGGAGUCCUAUGAUUACGAGGAGGUUCACAAGACCAUGAUGUACUACGGGACGGAACACGUCAGGGAGAGCGACUUCCCCUUCAACUUCUACCUCAUCGACCUGCCCAACCGCCUGUCCGGAGAGGGCGUCUUUGACCUGGUCAACCUGUGGAUGACCAACAUGCCGAGAGGGAAGUGGCCAAACUGGGUGGUGGGGAACCACGACAAGCCGCGCAUCUCCUCCAGCGCAGGCCCGGAAUACACGCGUGUCAUCAACAUGCUGCUGCUCACGUUGCCCGGCACGCCCACCACGUACUACGGCGAGGAGAUCGGCAUGCAGAACGUGAACGUGACCGAGAUCCAGGACCCCUUCGGCAAAUUCAACCCAAAUGCCAGCAGGGACCCCCAAAGGUCACCCAUGCAGUGGAAUGGGGAUGAGUAUGCUGGAUUCAGUAAGAACAAGACCUGGCUACCAAUCCACCCCAACUAUACCACAGUCAAUGUGGAGUUCCAGAAGAGCGAGAGUGGGUCGGUUCUGCAGCAGUACCGGGCCCUGAGCCUGCUGCGGGCCCAGGAGCUGGCCCUGCACCGCGGCUGGAUGUGCUUCCUGUGGCGGGACCGUGACGUCUUCGCCUUCGUGCGGGAGCUGGACGGCCUCUCCCGCGCCUUCCUAGUGGUGCUGAACUUCGGGGGCCCCGCGGUGACGGACCUCUCCGACGUGCCCGAGCUGCCGGCGGAGCUUACGGUGCGCAUGGGCACCGGCGGGAGGGAGGGCCAGCGCCUCCUGAAGUCGCGGAUUGACACGCGGCCAGGGGAGGGGCUCGUGCUGGAGUACUCCUCCCACCGGCGGCUCCACCCGGGCCACGCCUCCAGCUGCUACGUCUCUGAGAAGGCCUGCUAUCUGGCAGCAUUGGACAUUCUGUACAAAUGCUGA